AUGGCAGACCAACGCCAGAAGAUUAUUGCAUCUGUAUUCUCAAGGCGUAACGCAAGCGGGAAUCUAGAAGAAGCUUAUGUCUCUCACGUCAAGAUUUGGGAAGAUGCAGGAGUGGAAGGAGGGGGAAAGAAACCCCGCUACAUACUGUUGUCUCAGGCCAAUAAUGGAAGUGGUUUCAUUCACAAAUCCAAGUUGAACACGAACGGCUCCUUCUCUGUUGGAAAAACCUGGACGCUCUCAGAAUUGCGUGCAGUUGAAGUCAUGAAUCCCCUAGCCUUCAACAUCACCCUUUCAAGGACAUAUAGGUGGCAAACAGAGAACCAAGACGACCAAGCAAGCUUCUUGGAGGCUUUGAUUAACCUUUUUCGAGUCAUUACCUCGGGAGCUCCAUUGCAACUAGAUGGAAUCGAAGUUGCGGCACCGAUAACAGCGGACGAUCAGACUUCAUCAAUUCAUGCUGAAGCUGGACCAAGCCGCGCCCCACGACUUCGGUCGCAAACUCCCAUUCAGAACCGUUAUGAAUCCUUUCAAGAGUCUCCAUUAGCAGGACCACAACGCCUUGGAACGCCACCAGGUGCAGAACCUCCCGUAAAUGGGAGCCAAGAUUACAUACAGUCAAUACGUCCUGGAGGUCGGUCAGGUCCCCCACCAAUAGCUGUAUCACCUCUUGCUGCUGCUGCAGGCCCAGCCAGAAAAGCCCGACACCCUCUGAACGUCUCCUUUCAAGGCCAGACUACUCAAAGGAUUUCCGACGAGCCCCCCCGGAUUGUUUCUGGACAAGAUUCCUCAGUUCCGUAUCCUCCGUCAAUGAAUGCCUCUCCGGUAUCAUCCAUUAGGUCUCAAAAGCCGACCGUGCGGGCGGAGGAAUUCUCCACCCAGCAAGAUGGUCCAUCUCUAAGGAGGGAUCAAAACGCUCGAAUCUCAUACUUCGACUCUACAAAUCAAGCAACCCUAGACCGCUUGGUCUCCAUCGCCCCUGAUAGUCAUCUUAAUGUUGAAGCAGAAGAAGAGGAUGUGCAAGACACUUUGACGAAUGUUGAAGAAAUGAUUGAAGGGUAUGAAUGGGCAAGUGAAGAUGUUAUUAGCAGGAAAACAACGAAGGGUGCAGUAGACCUCAUCGAGGCUCGAUUAUUGGACGAGUUGAUGGCUUUGGAGAAGGCAAAUAUUCACUCUUUCCUUGAGUCAGAUGACCGCAUCGGGAUGGUGAUGAAAUUUAUGGAUAAUGCCAUCUCAGAGCUUGACAACAUGGAUAGUUUCAUUUCCACCUAUAAAAUCCAUCUCAAUGCAGCCAGCGACGAUAUUUCGUUCAUUCAAUCGCAAAAUCGGGGCCUGCAAGUCCAGACUCAAAAUCAGCGAGCCCUGCUGGGAGAGUUGCAGAAUUUGCUUCGGACGGUUCACGUCGAACAAGACGCUUUGGCUACGCUCACGCAGGAAUCACUUGAAAAAGGACGGAGUAUCCAACGCCUGGAAGAUGCUUCUGCAGAGCUUUACAAGGCACUCCAGGCAGGCCGAGACACCGACAUGGCCGCAACGAUGGAAAGAUUGGAAGAAUAUCGAACUCAUAACUCUCAAUUUUGUAAGAGACUAUUUGACUUCUUAUCGAUAAUGUUUACCGCACAAGGUAAAUUACUUCUCGGCGAGACAAAUGGUCUCGUGAUACCACCUAGGGGUCUCCCAACAGUCGUUGCCCAUCAAGAGAUUGAGGUUUACUUGGGUCGAUACGCUGGCCUAAUGCUCUACCUCAAAGAGAUGGACGAAAAUGUUUAUGGCAGGCUGUGCGCUGCAUAUUUUUCGGCGGCGAGCGAACUGCAUAGCACUCAGUUGAAGUCGCUUAUCUCCAUCUUUUUGCAAUCUGUCAGAAAGGCACCAGAAGACGAUCAAGAUCAAGGCUUCAUGACGACCUCAACAACCUCUGCCUCCAAGAGCACAACAACCAUCCGUCGUGCUGGCACCCUGAUUCGGUCUCCCAUAGAAAAUAAAAACAAGGAUAAAGACAAAGGCCGGGCUUCGGACGGCGAUCUUCUGGCAGCGGAAGUUUUGGGACUGUUGUUAGAACAGAUAACCGCUACGAUCUACCGAGAGGACGAGUUUAUAAGCGACUUCUUGCAAAUUAAUGAUGCUGGGCUGACCUUUGCUGAUUACAUGGGCCUCGACAAUUAUUUUCGACGACAAGCCACUCGGUCGGCCAGUUUGAGUCAAGCAACAAUGAAGCUUAUUCGAAAUUCACUGGACCUUAUCUUCGGAUUCCUGCCCGCAGAGUUGAAAAAUUUCAUUGACGUUGCGCUCUCAAAAGACAACAUGGAAAUCGUAGCAAUUUUAGUGACCCUUGAACGUUGUCUUAUCGGCGCGGAAGAGAAGAACAAUCAAUUCGUUCUUUCACUUCUAGGAAAACAGCAAACCCGCAUGAAAAAUGCCUUUGACCGCCACAUCCAUGACCAGUUGAAGGGAAUCGAACAAACCAAACUCAGCAGCAAAAAACGAAAGGGUGUUACCCACUUUAUCAAGCAUUUCUCUUCUUAUGCGGCUCGUGUGGAGAGCCAACUUGUGGGGGCGGAUGGUCUUGAGACUCGAAGACUCGUUGACUCUGCAUACGAAAAAAUCGUGCAGACCAUGUUUGAGUCCUUGAAGCAUAUUGCGAAGAUGGAGGGAGAGGGAGAGGAUAAGGGGCAGCUGAACUAUCACGUCAUACUCAUCGAAAACAUGCAUUGUUUUGUCGUCGAGACCUCCAAAAUGGACAACGCAUCGCUAGUCACAUUUUCCCAACGAGCAGAAUUGAUUUACGACGAAAACCUCAAUGCAUACGUUAAAAUGGUACUACGUCGACCAUUUUCCAAAUUGAUUGACUUCUUCGAUGCGGUUGACCGCUUGGCCAGUUCAAACCCCAACGAUUUGUCGGGUAACAGCACUUACAAUAAAAGUGCCUUACGCAAGGUUGUCAAGGAAUAUACAUCGAAGGACGUUCGCAAGCACAUUGACCUUUUGUUUAAACGCGUCGAAAAACACUUCACUGAGGGGUCAGACAAACCGACAACAGAAGAUGCCACCAAUGGGAAAGUUUUGGUUGGUGUGUGGAAGGCUUGCGAGGAGGAAUUGCUCAGGCUCCUAAACCGGUUUUCAAAACGGAUUGCCCAAUCAUACAGCGGCACUGGGAUCACUUUGGAGUUCACUGCUUCUGACAUUGAAACAGCGUUCCACAAGCACCCUUAACUUCUUGAUACCUACAACAGUAACAUGUUACAGAUAAUGUGGAUGACCACUCGACGUUCACUUUGCGACGUCGUCGACUACGGUCCAUGUAAUUUGUAGUGAUCAGCUGAAAAGGCUGCGAACAAGAAGAAAGACGAUCUGAAGCGGGGCGGAGACAUUCUGCGUAGCAGGGACACUCAAGUUGCCGUGGGUGGAUGGGAAUGGAGGUGGUGGAAUAGAGUUGCCGGACUCGAGGUGAUAGACGUUGACAAGCAACGGGCUACCCCUAUUAUUCUCUGUAAUGUAUUUUGUCCUCCUCUGAUGCUUUUCGUCUU